AUGUCAGAUUCCAAUAAAACUUACUUCACCAACCCCUCCACCUUCAUCCUGCUGGGCAUCCCUGGCCUGGAGGAGGCUCAUGUCUGGAUCUCCAUCCCCUUCUGUGCCAUGUACAUCAUAACCAUCUUGGGGAACCUCACCAUACUGUUCAUCGUGAAGACGGAGCCGAGCCUCCAUGAGCCCAUGUACUAUUUCCUCUGCAUGCUGGCCAUCACCGACCUGGUCCUGUCCACAUCUACACUACCCACAAUACUGAGAAAUUUCUGGUUUAAUUUCAGGGAGAUCAAUUUCAAUGCCUGUCUCACCCAGCUGUACUUCAUUCAUUCCUUCUCCGUGAUUGAGUCUGGGAUCUUCGUGGCCAUGGCGUUUGAUCGCUACGUGGCCAUCUGUGAUCCCCUGAGACAUUCCACCAUCCUGAAUAACUCUGUGGUGGCCAAGAUCGGCCUGGCCGUGGUGCUGAGAGGUGCCAUACUUGCACUGCCCUAUCCCUUCCUGGCGAGGCACUGGCCAUAUUGUAGAACCAACAUCAUCCCCUACACGCACUGUGAGCAUAUGGAUGUGGUGAAACUGGCCUGUGCAGACAUCCGUGUCAGUAGCUACUACGGCCUCUUUGUGCUAAUCUGUAGGAUUGGUCUGGAUGUGCUCUUUAUUGCCGUGUCUUAUAUCCAGAUCCUCAGGGCCAUCUUCCGCCUCCCCACAAAGGACGCCCGGCUCAAGACUUUUGGGACUUGCACUUCCCACCUCUGUGUCAUCUUAGCCUUUUAUAUCCCAACGCUCUUUGCCUCCCUCACGCCCCGCUUUGGCCUCCAUAUACCGCUGCAUAUCUACACUCUCUUUGCUAACAUUUACCUCCUGGUGCCACCCAUGCUGAACCCCAUCAUCUACGGAGUGAGGACCAAACAGAUCUGGGACAGACUGCUCCAGCUUGUUACUCUGAAAGGGACCUAA